CAAACUACUCCAGCUUCCACCGUGGCCUCAACAACAGACCCGGAGCGUCCAUCUCCACCACGGACUCCGACGACCUGCCAAGCCGUGGCUAGCUGCUCUCCUCGGGCUUCAAGCCAAGCUACCGAGAGCCACUGUAAAAAUUAAACUGCCUAAAUUAGACUGUGCUCUCGCCGGACGCGGUGAGACAUCCCCAGGGACCCGCAGAGGAACGAUGGGUUUUUGCUGGAGCGGGGAGUGUGGCAACAGGCCUUGCUGGGCAGGCCAUUAUGUGCCCUGCCGUGCUGGUUGGGUGGGCCCCACUGUGCUGCUCUGCAUCUAUGGUUUCUGCUCCAUGAUGAGGCCCAUAGAGCCCUUCCUGACAGAGUUCCUCACAGGAACUUACAAGAAUCUCACCACCGAGCAGGUGACUAGACAGGUGUAUCCUGUGUGGACUUACUCCAGCCUGGUUCUCCUCAUCCCAGUCCUCCUGGUGACAGACUUCCUCAGCUACAGGGAGAUGCGGCUUUUACCAGGUUACAGGUUAUGUCCAGCUCCUCUGGGUAUAUAUGCAGCCCAACAACUUCACAGCCUACAAUGGAGGGGUGGAUGCCAUCAGCACAUUGACAGGAGCUGCAGCCUCUGUUGCUGUGGGACACAUGUCUCUGGAGUGGUCUGUGUGGGGGGAGCUGGUCCUGGGAGGUUUCACAUUCCUGAUCGCUGGAGCCAUAUUCCUGAUGGAUCUGACUGACAACAUCUGGAUCAACUACACAUGCUUUUCCCUCUUCAAAACAAUUUACUUACAGCUCGCCACCAUCUGCACUUUUCAGAUAGCCAAGAUGUUGAACAGGAGGCGCUAUGCGUUGGUAUUCGGCAUAAAUAGUUUUGUGGGCACAGUCCUCCAGAGUGUCCUCACUGCCAUUGUCAUCAACACCCAGUCUCUACAGCUCACCAUCACCUCACAGUUUCUUAUCUACGCCUCAUACUUUGCUGCUAUUUCCCUGCUGUUCACAGUCAGAGGUGUGUAUACUGUGCUCCACAUGAAAUGUCCUGCUGGAGGCAACCAUGCAGAGAGAGACACCAGCCUGCCACAGGGUUCAAGUCUGUGAAGACUCUCUGAGACACCAAAGGAUAUGAGGAUUUUUAUCAUAACUGUCAUCAUCUAUUACAGCAGCAACAGAAUAAAAAGUAUUUGUAGACACUGUACAUUCAUGUACAUCAACAUAUUCAAUCAAUCAAAGAGUGGUUAUUUAUCAGUCUGUCGUCAGCAGGAUUCAACUAAUUGAUUCUACAGAUGUGCUAUGACUCAAAUAGUGAAAGUGCAAUAUCUACACUCAGCCACUAGAGGACGCUAUCUGCACAAUAUAAAACAAGAAUAAGUCAACUAUUACAUAUUUUGGAUAUUCAAAGCUAUGAUUCUUAGUCUAAUUAUUUUGAAAUGUUAAGAUUUAUAUUGUUUCCAAUAUGCAAUGGAUUUGUUUGUUUGUAUGUAUUUGAAAUAGCAGUUUCAUGGUGUGACUUGUCAAAUUCACAUAAUCAAUGGCCAUACAUCAUGGGGUUACAUGGACAAAUAGGCUCACAAACUAUAUUUCUGAUGUUUUGUUUUUUUUGAGCACUUGUCAUUGAGUUUCAUGGUUGUGAAGUUCAGUGUAACUUAUGAGCAACAUUUGGUAACAUACAGACUUAUAAGCUCAAUUAAAAUCAGGACAGCAAAAAUAUUGUGGUUCCAGUAGAAUAAUUACACAGACACUUCUCGGAAUAUCAUUUAUAAUAAAAAAAACAAAAAAAAAACAUGUAUUCAUAUAAGAUUAUAUUGUUAAAUAAUGUAUGAGAAACAAUAUAACAUUCUAUAAUAUUACUAUCAUUAUGUUCUUCCUUUUCUCAGUAAUUGUGUUCACUUAUGUGUAAAUAUG